CCCUGCUCUGUAGCCAUGCGAGGAUUGGUGGUUCUAUUACUGGCGGCGGCCGUCGGCGCGGUGGCCGCUGAGACUGACUGGUGGCAGACUGCGCUGAUCUACCAGAUUUAUCCGAGGUCCUAUAUGGACAGCGAUGGCGACGGCAUCGGGGAUUUGAAUGGUAUAACUUCGAAGCUGCCUUACAUCCAAGGGUUGGGCGCGGACGCAAUAUGGCUGUCUCCUAUCUACAAGUCGCCCAUGUACGACUUCGGCUAUGAUAUAGCGGACUAUAAGGACAUAGCCGACGAGUACGGGACUAUGGCGGAUUUCGACAAUCUGAUGACAGAGGCUCAGAGAUUGGGUGUCCGAGUGAUCCUGGACUUUGUGCCGAACCACACGAGCAACGAGAGCGAGUGGUUCGUGCGCUCGGCGGAGCGGAACGCGACCUACAGCGACUACUACGUGUGGGCCGACGGCGUCACCGACCCCGACGACCCGACCAAUCAGCUGCCGCCUAAUAACUGGGUGAGCAUAUUCCGCAAGAGCGCGUGGCAGUACAACCCGACGCGCGGACAAUACUACUUGCACCAGUUCGUCAUCGGGCAGCCCGACCUCAACUACCGCUCCAGCGACCUGCGAGAGGAAAUGAAGAACGUGCUCCGGUUCUGGCUGGACAAGGGCGUGUCGGGGUUCCGCGUGGACGCCGUCAACAUGCUGUACGAGGUGGACCCCGCCGACUUCGGCGGGAAGUACCCGGACGAACCAGAGUCAGGUAUCGCCGGACUAACAAAAGACGACUACGAUUUCCUCAACCACAUCUACACCAAAGAUCUGGACGAGACGUACGCAGUGGUCUACGAUUGGCGGGACGUUCUGGACGAGUACAAACACAUUGAGUACAAAAUCAUGAUGACAGAAGCGUACACGGAUUUGAACCUCAUGAUCAAGUAUUACGGGAACGGGCAGAGGAAUGGGUCGAUUCCGUUUAACUUCAGUUUCCUGGGUGAGAUCACGAAGAAUAGCAAUGCUAAAGAUAUGAAGCACGCUAUAGACAGGUGGAUGACCUACAUGCCGUAUGGGAUGACUGCUAACUGGGUGAACGGCAACCACGACCAGAGCCGUCUGGCGACGCGGCACGGGGACGAGCGAGUGGACGCCCUCAACAUGCUCGCGAUACUGCUGCCCGGGGUCACGCUCACAUACCAGGGCGAAGAACUCGGCAUGACAGACGGCUACAUCUCCUGGGAAGAGACCGUCGACCCCCAGGCCUGCAACACCGACGACCCAGUCAACGGGCUGGCCAAGUCCCGGGACCCGUGCCGCACCCCCUUCCACUGGGAUGCCUCGGCCAAUGCUGGCUUCAGCACUGCCGCUACGACUUGGCUGCCCGUGGCCAGUAACUAUGCGACUGUGAAUGUGGCUGUCGAGAUGAGCGCUACGAAGAGCCAUUAUCACUUCUACAGAGACGUGGUGAGCGCGAGCAAGACGCCGGCGGUGCGCGAGGGGGACCUGGAGACUCGCGCCAUCAGCAUCGACGUGCUGGCUAUAGCUAGGCUCCUACCAGGAGAGCAAGCUAUAGUUGGACUAGUGAACCUGUCGUCCGAGUCACAGACGGUGGACCUGUCAUCCUUCAGGACAUUGCCAUACUACCUGGACAUCGUCACUGUGGGCGUAGCCAGCACACAAACUAAAGGAACUCGCGUUACAAAGAAGGCAGUGACCAUUUCAGGGCAGACAGCCAUUGUGCUCCAGUCGGUGGCCCGUGUGCCGCGUCUGCCCUAAACUAUCUUGUUGAUUGUAAACAAAUGUACUUAUGUUAUCUAGUAAUAAACAGUUUUGAUUUU